UCCCGGGAUCUGCCCCUUAUGGGCGGGCAUGGAACGCUUCGGACCCGGAGUCCCUCCCCGCUGCGGGGCGUUGGUUCCGCGUCACGGCAGAGCUCCGUUCCGCGCUGCAGAGGCGCUCCGUGUGCUGUCGUUGGCAGCAGCUGGUGGACCUGAACAAUAAGAGAUUGACCAAAAUCCCGAGUGAUGAGGACAAUGCCCCACACAUAUGUGCUUUUCCUGCUUGAGAGUUAAUAAAAAGUCCAACUGAAUGUUAGCUCAUGGAGGAAGUAUUUUUCCAGAUAAACUCUCUGGGCAUACUGCUCCCUCCUGGUUCAACCCACAAGGUUCCACCCAUGCAGUGGUUAUUCCUGUGCCUGUUUUCCAAAGCCCAGGCUCCAUGAAGGCAACAAUCAAGGGGGUCUCAAGUUUCAGCCCUGAGCAAGAAGCGCAGGCACUCAGGAAAGCCAUGAAGGGCUUUGGCACAGAUGAAGAUGCCAUCAUCGACGUUUUGACCAAACUAAACGUUUCCCAGCGUCAGCAAGUUCUGAUCACCUACAAGAGCACUAUUGGCAGGGAUUUGAUGGAUGACCUGAAGUCGGAGCUGAGUGGGAAUUUUGAGAGGGUGAUCAUUGGGAUGAUGACUCCCACCACCAUGUAUGACGUGCACGAACUAAGGAGGGCUGUGAAGGGAGCAGGAACAGAUGAAGGUUGCCUGAUUGAAAUUCUGGCUUCUCGCACCAACGAAGAGAUUCGUCGCAUUAAUGAGAACUACAAGCUUCAAUAUGGCUGCUCCCUUGAGGAUGACAUCGUAUCUGACACAUCUUCCAUGUUUCGAAGGGUCCUCGUGUCCCUCGCAACGGGAAACAGAGAUGAGGGAAUGUAUGUGGAUGAUGGCCUUGCUCAGCAAGAUGCUCAGUGCCUGUACGAAGCGGGGGAGAAGAAAUGGGGAACAGAUGAGGUGCAGUUUAUGUCCAUCCUCUGUACACGGAACAGGUAUCACCUGCUGAGAGUUUUUGAUGUGUACAGAGGCAUUGCUAACAAGGACAUAACAGACAGCAUUAAAUCUGAGAUGUCAGGAGACCUGGAAGAUGCUUUGCUGGCUGUGGUGAAGUGCGUGCGGAACAAGCCUGCGUACUUUGCUGAAAGGCUGUAUAAAUCCAUGAAGGGCCUGGGAACAGAUGACAGCACUCUGAUCAGAGUGAUGGUGUCCCGCUCUGAAAUUGAUAUGCUGGAUAUCAGAAGGGAAUUCCUGACCAUGUAUGGGAAGUCUCUCUACUCCUUCAUUAAGGGAGACUGCUCAGGAGACUACAGGAAAGUUCUGCUGAAGCUCUGUGGCGGCGAGGAUUGAGGGAUUCCUGGUGUAUGUCCUGUGCUAUGGGAAGGAGGGGAUCAUAAGGAUUUCUCUCAAUUUGUUUUGGUUUUUUUUCCCUCUCAUUAAUUGCUGAGUAGUGACUUUGAUUAAUUAAUGCUCUGGUUGGGUAAUGGCAGUUCCAUUUUACCCUUAACUUCUGCAUUUUUGCUUACAACACCCCUUUGUGUCUAAUUGAGCUAAACAGAAUGCUUUAACCAAAUCUAUGCAAGCUUUGUUAUUUCCUUGCAAGCUGUCCCUCUGCAUUUACCAGUAAAUCCUGUCAAAUGAAGCAAAUUGUAGGAAUUUGCAGAGGGAAGAAUUAACUUUGUCAUUAUAUGGAGAGAAUGCAGCCCGGCUUCAGCUUCUGGAAGAUAAUUAACCCCCUCCAAAAAAAAAAUCAUCUAAAAUACAAUCAAACUUGAUGCCAUAGUGGUCUUUUCCAACCUAAAUGAUUCUAGGGUCACCAAAUCCAACGCCCACCCAUUCCCACCAUGCCCACCGACCACGUCCAUCAGUGCCACACCUCCAUGGUUCUUGGAAAGCUCCAGCUUGUCAGCUUGCUGUGUGAGUGUGGGGCACAACCAGCCGUGCUGGGCUUGGUGUCCUUGCUGCCUGUGGCUCUGGAGGUGGGGAAGCUGCCCCUGGUGACUGCAGAGGAACUUCAGCUGCACUGUGCCUGGUUACAGGUCAGCCUCAGAGUCUUGGUCUGUCUGCCUCGACUGGUGGCAAUGUAAACCAUCAGGUUUGUGUGUCAAGCUUUUGCUCUCAAUUAAUUGCUGUCAUGGGAAGGGUAGCUGUGAAGGAAUGGCCUGUCCAUAACGCACAUCUCAGCAGCGCUGCCUGUUCUGGGGUCACGUACCAAACGUGCCAGCACUGCCUGCUGCGACUCCUGGAUAACACCGCUCUGCUUUUGGUGCCUUUGUGCCAUGUGAAAUUCCUUACCGACCUCUGAAAUAAAUGUUUCCCCUAAGCUUAGCUCCCGUCCGCUAAGCUGUGAACGCUA